AUGCUACUCCCACACUCAGAGCCAGGGCAAACUGACCUAGAGCCGAUUGGACUGACGCAAGGGACCAUUAUCCCCUUGCCCUCCGGUAUGGGAUUACACAUGCCAUUUUCUAGACUACCCACCAACACGGGAUUGCUUACAGCGAGUAUUGAACUCGGUUGGGGCUCAACGCACAGCCUCACCUUACCAGCUCAACCAACCAACAUGUUGGCGUUUUUGUGCUAA